AAAUGGAUUGAAAAGUGGAUAUGUAGGAAUGAAUUAUCAGUCUCAAAAGAGUGAAGAAGCACAGAACAAGCAAAAGCAAAUGUAUCAAAGAGAAUAUUUAUAUCGUUGGUCAAGUUAUACUAUUGUACAAGUUAUUAUUAUUAUUAUCUUUUAUUUUUAUUUUUUUUACUCACAACUUUUACUCCCUUUAAUUAAUUUCUACAGUAGUAUAACUUGGCUAGAAGUAGACAUUGUCCCCAAAGUUAGCCAAAUAGCUACUUUGUCUACAAACCUUUUGAAAAAAAAAAUGACAAAGAAGAAUGGAGCUUAUUAUUAAAACAUCCUUUAAGAAGUGGUUGUGCUCCUACAGAAUAGUCAGUUACAAAAUUUAAAGAAUGGUUGUUGUGGCCAACCACACCGAAUUUAAUACAUAAUUUUUAUUUUUUUUAAUAUUAUAUUCAAAUUAAUUUUAUAUUUAAAAUAUUUUUAUUAUAUUAAGUAAAUAUAUAAAUUUCAAACUCCAAACUUCCAAUCCUCCGCCAAACGCCCGAACCAACCCUCCAACUUAAUUUUUUUUUAAAAAUGAUACUACCGUUUUGCCUCAAUUUUCUCCAAUGUAGCUUAAAAAGCCACCACCUGUGUCCAUCUGUUUACGAGUCUUUGCUCCAAUAAAUAUUUUUUGUUGCCAUUCUUAUUAAAGUACAACUGCCCCAACACUCUCCUCUCUCUCUCUCUCUCUCUCUCUCAGUCUCUCUCCCCUUCAUAAAUCAUCAUCAUCAUGCAUCCAUUUGGUUAAAGACUCAAAUUUUGAAACAAGAAGAGAGAACCCUUGAAGAAGGACAAGGGACUUAUUUUUUUGAGUAGAGUGGUGGGUGGGUGGGUGUGUUUGUUUUCGUAGGUUGAUGUGUGAAAGUAGCAGCAUCCCAGCAUCUCCUCAGGGCCAUUCCAAGUUGGCCCACUUGGAUUUGUUCAACAAAUUCAAGUUCUUGCAGGAGGAGCCUACACUAGGUGCUCUUGGCUGCUUCUUGAUAUUCAGCCUCCUCUUGCUGGAUUAUGGGUUUCUCAACAACCUCCUGGGGACAUCAACGUUCAAGACAACACCACCAUCAUUUCAGUUCAACUCCGAUGGAUCUUCUUCUUCUUCUUCAGACAAGCUUGCAGGGUUUCUUGAAAUGGAGAGUAGUGGUGGGUCAGGGUGUGAUAUCUUUAAUGGACAUUGGGUGUGGGAUCAGACCUACCCUCUCUACCAGUCACAAGAUUGUGGAUUCUUGGAUCAAGGCUUCAGGUGUGCUGAGAAUGGAAGGCCUGAUGCAUUCUACACUAAGUGGCGUUGGCAGCCCAAGAAUUGCAAUUUGCCCAGAUUCGAGGCGAAGACAAUGUUAGAGGAGCUUCGAGGCCGAAGAUUAGUGUUUGUCGGAGAUUCCAUCGGUAGGAACCAAUGGGAGUCCCUUUUAUGCAUGCUGUCUAUCGCAAUCCCGAACAAGACAUCGAUAUAUGAAGUUAAUGGGAACCCGAUAACUAAGCACUCGGGCUCUUUAGCUUUUAAGUUCCGGGACUUCGACUGCACUGUCGAGUACUACAGGGCACCUUUUCUCGUCCUGCAGAGCCGGGCGCCGGAUACGGCACCCGAUAGGGUCAAAAUGACACUAAAGCUCGAUAGAAUGGAUUGGAGCAGCAAUCGGUGGAAGGAUGCAGACGUGCUGAUUUUCAACACGGGACACUGGUGGAACUACGAAAAGACUAUCCGAGAGGGGUGUUACUUUCAAGAAGGGUUCGAGAUCAAGACGGAGAUGAGCGUAGAAAGUGCGUUUCGGAGAUCUAUCAAGACAGUGUUCGAUUGGAUCGGAAGCGAACUGAAUCUGACCAAAACUCAGUUAAUCUUCCGAACCUAUGCUCCGGUGCAUUUCAGAGGUGGGGACUGGAGGUCUGGUGGGAGUUGUCACCUGGAGACGAUCCCGGACUUGAGCGUGUCUUUGACUCCGUAUCUUGUCUCCUCCGACUCGUACAUCAAGUUCAAAACUGUUCUUGAUGUCUUAUCUGGGCAUCCGAUCAUGGCAGAUAUCGAUCUACUCAACGUGACGAGCAUGACAUCCAAGAGAAAAGACGGUCAUUCUUCUUUGUAUUACUUGCAUCCUUCAGUCGGACCAGUUUCUCUUCAUCGGCAAGACUGCAGCCAUUGGUGCCUCCCCGGGGUCCCUGAUUCAUGGAACGAGCUUCUCUAUGCAAUUUUCCUCCGGCGACACCUUAACAAAACAUCAUCAGCUUCCCAGCUAAAGCUGUAGGCUGAAUUCUUACAAGAGGGAUUGUAGUUAAAGCUUUUGUAGUUCUAGUAAUGGUUUUUUUUUUUUUUUUUUUCUGGAUUUCACUCCACUGCAUCAAGAAAAUUAUGUUAAAUACCAAAUCGGGAUUUUUGUUUCCAGUUGAGUGGAAACAGAUGUUGGUUCAUGUUUCCAUGGGACAACAGAAACAUUCAAGAUUGACAAAUGUAAAUACACUGAAAGGCAGUGAUUUAGAAGUAGCUUCUAAUUUAUGAUUCUUCUGUGUUCUUCCUAAAUCUAUUAUGUAUUUAAUUCAAUCACAUAUACAUAUAUUUCUCUGCAUAUUUUACGUUGAAAAGAUUUAGCAUAAA